CGUCGGCUGCAGCCCGGCCCAGCGGCUCGGGGCCGCUCCCGGCGAGACACCGCGAAAUGAACUCCCUCGGGGAGCUGUGAGCAGCGCGUUCGCUCGGUGAUCCGCUCGUUUCCCGUGUGUCUCCUCAGGACGAGGCGUCGAAGCUGCUGAUGAGUCUCGCUCUGCGUGCCGCCCGGAGGCUGCUCGCGCAGGUGCACGGUGCUCCCAAACCUGCUUUGAAGAGACUCAACUUCUGCUGGGAAAUGGCUCGGCCGAGUUCGAACAUGGCUGAUUUCCGAGAAGUGUUUGCCAAAGCAAAGCAUAUCGCCAUCAUUACUGGAGCUGGUGUGAGCGCCGAGAGCGGCGUUCCUACCUUCAGAGGGGCUGGAGGUUUUUGGAGAAAGUGGCAAGCACAGGAGUUGGCCACUCCCGGGGCGUUUGCACGCAACCCUUCUCGCGUGUGGGAAUUCUAUCAUUACCGCCGCGAGGUGAUGCUGAGUAAACAUCCCAAUGCUGCACAUAUUGCCAUUGCUGAGUGUGAAAAGCGACUGAGAAAACAAGGCAGGAGCGUGGUGGUCAUCACCCAGAAUAUCGAUGAACUGCACAGGAAGGCAGGCACAAAACACCUCCUGGAAAUUCAUGGAAGCUUAUUUAAAACUCGAUGCACCAACUGUGGAAAUGUGACUGCGAAUUACAAGAGUCCAAUCUGCCCGGCGUUGGCUGGGAAAGGGGCUCCAGAUCCAGAAACAGAAGAUGCCACAAUUCCAGUUGAAGAACUUCCUCAGUGCGAGGAAGAUGGCUGUCAUGGUCUUCUUCGUCCCCACGUUGUAUGGUUUGGUGAAGCCCUGGAUCCAGACGUUCUCACAGAGGUGGAGAAGGAACUCGAACUAUGCGACCUCUGCUUGGUGGUGGGAACCUCCUCCGUGGUGUACCCUGCCGCCAUGUUCGCCCCCCAGGUGUCCUCCAGAGGAGUGCCGGUGGCGGAAUUUAACAUGGAAGCCACUCCUGCAACAGACAGGUUCAGGUUCCACUUCCAGGGCCCCUGCGGGACCACGCUGCCGCCUGCGCUGGCCCGGCACGAGUCCGAGAUCAUCGCCUGAGGCGGG